UUAAGUGCCUUGGUACUUUAGUGCCGGCACUAAAGUACGGCAAGUCCUGCGGUGUGAAAGCGGCUAAUGUAACAUGGGCACUGGCCCCCCGUGGGCCCCCUCCUAGAUUCUCCCAUGCUUUUCACAGCGUCUUUCUGACAGAAAUAGAUGCUAUGUGGACACAUGGCUUUAAAGGACAAUUCCCACUCUCCAAGGUUAACAAUGUCACAUUGAAAGAGUAAAUAUGUCCAACUACUUGGUGAUAAAGAUGAAUGAUUAGCUUAAGUUCAAUGAACGUGCUGCUAGGAAGGUAAACAUAAUGUGUUCUUGUUAGCGUGUGUGUUGGCAGGUUAACUGACGUAACAGGGGGCAGUAGCAGAUGAUUUUAUAUUUUUCUCUCCAUAUGUUCUCAAAUCAAGCAGUUGGUGUCCAGUGGAAUCAGUCUCUGAUGUGUCCUGCAGAGUGACAUUAUGGAGACAGCAGCAACAGGGUCAGAUGAUCCGCCACCUGUGAAACAGAGCAGCAGCUAUGGAUUGCUGCCACCUAACAUGUCAGAUCAUCUGAUCCCUGUGAAUCGGAACCGCAGCUAUCAAUGGCUGCCACCUAACAUGUCUGAGCUGAGGGUUGUUCUGCUGGGGGACAGCUGGUGUGAGAGGAGUUCAGUGGGGAACUACAUACUAGGAAAGACUGUGUUUGACACUGAAGAAGAACCGGACCACUGUCUGAAAUUCAGUAGGCAGUUGAAAGGAAAAGAGAUAGUUCUCAUCAACACCCCAGAUCUGCUGCACGCCAACAUCUCUGAAAACAAACUGACAGAGUAUGUGAAUGACUGUGUGAGCCUCUCUGAUCCUGGACCUCAUGUGUUCCUGCUGCUUCUACAGCCUGAAGAGUUCACUGAGGAUCACAAACUAAGACUUUGCAGAGUCUUGGAACUCUUCGGUGAUCAAUCUUUUGAUCAUGCACUGAUUCUGAUAUCACCACCCACAGAGGAGAGUUCAGGUGCCGUGGAUUUUAAGCAGCAUCCACUCUUAAAAGACAUGAUUGCAAAGUGUAGAAGCAGAUAUGUGAUCGACCAGUCAGAGCUGUUAACACGUCUGGGUCAAACUACAAAGGAGAUCUUUGGACACCUUGAGGGCAGUGCAUUUUAUGAUGAGGAAGUAGGUUUGAUCAUGAUAAAGUGUGAAUGCAUGAAAGCAGCUUUAAACCUGGUUCUGUGUGGGAGGCGAGGAGCAUGGAAGACUUCAGCAGCCAAGGCCAUUUUAGGUCAGACAGAGCUCCAUUCAUCAGCCUCCAACUCAUCAGAGUGUGUUAAACAUCAGGGAGAGGUGUCUGGAUGCCGGGUUUCCCUGGUGCAGCUGCCUGCCUUGUGCGGAAAACCUCAGCAGGAAGUGAUGGAGGAAUCAUUCAGGUGCAUCUCUCUUUGUGAUCCUGAGGGCGUCCAUGCCUUCGUACUGGUCCUACCUGUGGGUCCCCUCACUGAUGAAGACAAGGGAGAGUUAGAGACCAUCCAGAACACAUUCAGCUCUCAAGUCAACGACUUCACCAUGAUUCUGUUCACCGUGGAGACAGAUCUCACAGCUCCAGCGGUCGUUGACUUUAUACAGAAAAACAAAGACAUCCAGGAGCUCUGUCAGAGCUGUGGAGAAAGAUAUGCUGUUCUCAACAUCAAGGACCAGCAGCAGAUCCCAGAGCUGUUGGAUGCUGUGGAACAGACGAGAGUUGAAGGAUCCAGGUGCUUCACGAUGACGAUGUUCACUAAGGCUCAGAUGAAGAAGCUUGAAGAGCUGGAUAACGCUAACAGAACACUUAACGCAAGAAAGAAAAGUGAGAUGGGAGAAGAUGACGAAAGAGAGCGUCUCAGGAUGGUACUGAUCGGGAAGGCUGUCGGUGUGAAGAGUACAAUUGGAAACACCAUUUUGGGUGAAAAACAUUUCCGCCAGAAGUUUGUGACCACCGUGUGCCAGAGAGCAACAGGAGAGAUUCAUGGACGGUCUGUCGCUGUGGUCAACACACCUAGCUUGUUUGACACACCUCAGUCUGAUGAUGACCUCCGACGAGAGGUUAGAAAAUGCCUCAGCAUAUUGGCUCCUGGACCUCAUGUGUUCUUACUGGUGCUACAGAUUGGAAACCUUACACAAGAGGAAAAACACUCAGUGGAACUGAUCAAGAAAUAUUUUGGCAAGAAGUCUCAAGAUUCCAUCAUCAUUAUACUCACCGGAGGACAAGAACCUGAAGAUAAGUUAUCUGAGAGUUAUGCCGACGUUUGUGGUGGCUUUGUCAAAAAACUCAUCAAUGACUGUCGAGGGAGGUACCAGGUCUUCAACGAAGGUGACACAGAGGGCACGCAGGUCAGGGAGCUGCUGACCAAGAUCGAGACCAUGGAGAAGGAAAAUGGCGGCUGCUGCUACACCGAGGGAUACACAGUAAAACAAGUGGAGAGGAUUUUGAAAGACAAAGAAGAAGGAAGGAAAAGAAAGGAGGAGAACCUGCGAAAAAAACAUGAAGAUGACAUGAAAACACUGGAGCGCAAAAUCAAAGAAGAGGAGAGAAAGCUGAGGGAAAAACAGCUGAACGAGAAGGACCAAAGCAUCAACAAGGAGCGAGAGAAGAGAAAGCAAGAACGGGAGGAAGUUGAAAGGGGACGGAAGAAACAGGAAGACACUACACGACAGGAAUGGAAAAGAAAACUGGAUGCGUUAGAGGGAAAGGUUCAGUAUGAAAGAGAGCAAAAUGAAACAUAUGCAAAGAAACUGGAGCAGAUUAGAAGAGAGGUCAAGAGAGAUCAAGAGUCCUGGAAUAGGGAGCGAAAGGACACCUGGGAACUAAUACAUGAAGAGGAUAAACAGAGCCUGAAGGAGUGGAAGGUCAACUACAGGAAUCUGCAAGAGGAGUACCAUUAUAAGAGAAGAAAAUACACAUACUGCAUAGUGGUGCUGAUGUUGUCUCUAUCGUAUUUAUUAUCUUAUAUAUUUCUCAGUUAGGAAUACCCAUGCAUACACACUACAGACUUGUAAUGGACAUUCCUACAUUCACACAUCAUUGGCCAUGCCAUCAGUAGCAGCUUGGGGUUGAGUAUUCUGCCAAAGCAUACAUCCACAUGAUGACUGCAGCUGCGAACCCACAACCUUCCGUUUGAAAGAAGACCGCACUACCUCACAGCCAGACUCUUCCCGUUGAAAAAAACUCUAUGGCUGAAGUGUUAGUCGGUCUGGAUACACACACAGAGACACGUAGCAGAGUUGGUCUCAUAUCUAAUAUCCAUCUGUGUGUUCUGAAGAAUCACAGCAGAGUUGGUAGUCCAGGGAGGCUGGCACGCAUAUAUUUUGUUUACUUUAAUGUAACAUAAUCAUUUAAAGGUCUCCCUUGAAAAAGAGAUCUAUGAUCUCAAUGGGACCAAUCUGGUUAAAUAAAGGUUUGAAAUGAAAAGGGGCCUAUUAUGCUUUUAUGCCUCAAAUGCCUCGAUUGUACUCCUUUGUUUACGUAACAUUCCCGCUACUAUUCCCAACCCGCUGGUUCUUCAACAUAUUGUUUGUGAUGCUAAGUGGCGAGACAUCUCUAAGCGGAUGACCAAUUACAACAGAGCUAACCAAUCAGAGCAGACUUGCCUCUGGUUUCAGACAGAGCGUGAAAAGAGGUGCUGCAGCACAGGCAGUAUGAGAAGAAUAAAGACCUUUUUAAGCAUUAAAGCACUAAUGCAACCGUUUGGUUUUAACUUGAAAAGACAUCUUCGAUAACAUUACCAGUUAAGAUCAAAGUUCGGAGGCUUACUUUUAAAAUGUAUCCUGUAAAAACUGUAGUCUGACUAUCAACAUGUAAAAGUAUUGGAUAAUGGAUAACCUCACUAUUGACUGUAAUUAUAAUAAAUACAUGAGAAAAUCAA